AUGGUUUGUAGCGACGAUGUGGAAGAGUAUGACAUGUCAAGAUAUGUGGCCCUGAGUUAUUGCUGGGGUGGGGAUCAACCGAACAAGCUGACACAAGAGAACCACGGUCUUUAUAAGAAGAAAAUUACUUGGGAAUCUCUACCAAGAACUAUUCAGGAUGCUGCAAAAACGGCCCAGGUCCUGGGUUUUCACUACAUCUGGAUCGAUUCGAUGUGCAUCAUUCAGGAUAGCAAGGAGGAUAAGGAGGCUGAAAUCAGUCAGAUGACGAAGGUCUAUGCUCAUGCGGCAUUGACAGUAGUCAAUAAGAGGGGCGAUAAAGUAACCGAGGGCUUUCUGCAUCCCAGGACUCUGCCAUCUGGAACUAGCUCUAUACAAUAUCGAGCAAAAGAUGGCCAAACACAGCGUCUUACUUUAUCAUUUGCUGAUGCGUCAAAACGAGAGGAAAGUUCGGCUGUAAACACACGAGGAUGGACUUUGCAAGAAUACCUCCUUUCUCGUCGCCGACUCGUUAUUGGCACUUGGUCGACAGAGUGGCUUUGUCGACGAGAAGUUGAUGGUCACAGAGAUGGCUGGGGCGCCAGCUACAGCUACCGCUCCCGCGCGGGUCUUCCCUCCGACCACGAAGGUGCGGGCUGGGCAGGCAAGGGCCCUUUUGGGUCCAAAGAAGCAGAGUCUGUCUACAGCAGUAGCUUCAUCAACGCAGCUAUGUUCUUCUCGGUAAAUCCAAGAUAUCCAUCCGGGCGACUGAACGAAGAGCUCGUCCGUGAUUCCUGGUAUGCAAUCAUUGAAUCUUACAGCUGGCGGUCGGUGACAGUAUCAGAAGACAGGAUCCUUGCUAUGUCUGGAAUCGCUGAGAGGUUUGGAAAUUUAAUACCAGGACGAUAUAUAGCAGGUAUUUGGGAGAACAUGAUGCCUGCGAGCUUGUUCUGGAUGAAGCGACAUAUGGCUACCGAUAGACCAGUCGAGUAUCGAGCUCCGUCCUGGUCAUGGAUAUCGAUUGAUGGGCAAGUCGAACACCCUAUCACCUAUGACUACCUGUGCGAGAUUUUUUCGAUUGAGUACAUGCUCGAGAAUGCUGAAGCUCUCUAUGGAGCGGUGCGUAGUGCCGCGCUUCAUAUCAGAGGUCCUGCUUUUAGUAUUGAAUGGCGAUACACAAGACAAGAUGGGAGGCAACAGGAAGAUAAGGAACUACAAGAAGACCUGAGCGAGCUUAGAUGGUUUCGAGAUGGCAGCGAUGAUCCUCAGGAUCCUCAGUUGACAGUGUACCUCGACGCUCGAGAACAGACAACAGAAUGGAGAGAGGUCGUCCUGCUGGCUUACGGAUUCUCAUACUACGGUUCGGGUUUUAGACACAGUGACUGCAUAGCCCUGACCAGGGUGGACCAAGUUGAAAUUGACAACAAACUGCGACAUCGGUUUCGAAGAUUGGGAGUAGUACAUUUUGGGAAGACCUCCCCUCUCCCACGUGUCGAAAGUUGGCCAGUAAGCUCCUACUAUGUUAUCUGA